ACACAUGGAAACAGAAGCUGAUGGAGAGGACUGUGGAGGACCAGAACCAGCCAGGAACUCACAUCCACUCUCCCAACCAGAGACCGAAGACCAGACCGGAGACUCUUCGGAGACGGACGACAGCGACUGGUCUCCGGCUAACGAAGCUAGCUCGGGGUUAGCGUCGUCGGCAGCGGCGGCUCGUAAACGCGGCGAGGCUGCCGAGAGCGACGCCGGUUCUCCGGCCAAGGAGCGCCCGUUUCCCUGCUCGUACUGCGGCAAGAGAUUCAGCCUGAAGGGAAACCUGAACCGGCACAUCCGAGACCACACGGGCGAGCGGCCCUUUCCCUGCACCGGCUGCGACAAGUCCUUCAAAGACAGCGGCUCGCUCACGGCGCACAUGCGCUGCCACACCGGCGAGCAGCCGUACAGCUGCCUGUUCUGCGGGAAGAACUUCAGCGGCCGGGGCAACAUGACGCGGCACAUGAGGAUCCACACGGGGGAGAAACCCUUCAGCUGCUCGCUGUGCAGCAAGAGCUUCCACGUCAAGGAGCACCUGAGCCGACACAUCAAGUACCACACGGGGGAGAAACCCUUCAGCUGCUCGGUCUGCGGCAAGGGCUGCGCCCAAAAAACAGACCUCAAGAAGCACAUGAGGGUCCACACGGGGGAGAAACCCUUCAGCUGUCCCUUCUGCGGGAAGUGCUGCGCCGAGAAGGGCGACCUGACCAAGCACAUGAGGGUGCACACGGGCGAGAAGCCCUUCAGCUGCAACGUGUGCGGGAAGAGCUGCGCGCAGAAAGGCAGCCUGAAGAUCCACAUGAGGGUCCACACGGGGGAGAAACCCUACAGCUGCUCGGUCUGCAGCAAGAGCUUCACCGUCACGGGACACCUCAGGAGACACAUGAAGCUGCACGCCGCCGAGGCCCCACGCUCUGCUGCACAUGCACUACAGGAAGUAGACGCUUCACACUUACUACAGGAAGUAGACGCUUCACACUCACUACAGGAAGUAGACGCUUCACACUCACUACAGGAAGUAGACGCUUCACACUCACUACAGGAAGUAGACGCUUCACACUCACUACAGGAAGUAGACGCUUCACACUCACUACAGGAAGUAGACGCUUCACACUCACUACAGGAAGUGGAAGCUUCGGACGCAUCGUGACUAAGAAAAGGUGUUUGAAUAUUCCUUCUAAAAAACACUUUGUUUGCACAUUUAAAAUGUCUUAUAUCACGUCAUUUAAACACCGUAGACCCCCCCCCCUCUCUGUCUGUCUCUGUC